UUUUUUGCAUGGAUCUCGAUGCUCCUUCCCCUGGUCAUCCUGGGUGUGGCAGAGACCACAGACCCUUUGACAGAUUUGGAAAAUAUAGCUGGGAAGUUGGUUUUCUACCAAAUGGAGGGAAACGCCACCUAUGUGAGGGACACAGGAGAACUGGCUUCAGAUGUUCCCACUGAGACCAUGUUUGAACUCUUCGAUCCCCAAAAGAAUUUCAGCACAGCAAAGUUCACCUAUACAUGGGACUUAGGGAACGGAGAGGUGAUCCAGGGAACUGAGCCGGUGGUCCGCUAUCACUACUCAGAAUCAGGGAACUACACACUGCGGCUGAAAGUAGGAGCAAAAGUAACCAAAUAUGCACCUCUAAUUACUGACGUCUACUCCACAGAUGUCCAAGUACUCGAUGCCAUUAAACACAUCAAGCUGAAUGGGCCUUCAGAUUAUGAGGUGUCUCAGAACACCAGUUUGGCUUUUCAUGUUGAUGGAAGUCCUCCUAUAUGGGUGUGCUGGCGUUUCCUGCCCAACUGUGUGCCGGACAUGAUUGGGGGCUGCACGCUGAUAGUGCUGUAUGAAAACACCCUGCGACUGAACCACACCUUCACCUCUACCGGCGUCCACUGCUUGGACAUUAGUGUCCGCAAUGACAUCAGCAAGCUGCAGACCUCCUUCAGCCUUUAUGUCAGGAGAAACAAUAACCCCCACAUGUUCUUCAUCCUGUCAUGUGCUGCCAUUCUUGUAGCAACCUUCUCCUUUAUCAUGGUCAUCGCCUGCCACCCUCGUCUUUACAACAGAUCACAGGUUGCUACUUCCAGCAACGCCAUAUUCCUGAAGAACCAGGACUAUGAAGGUCAAAGCACGAUUCUUUUUAACUUCUCCAACGUGGGCAGGGGAGAGAAGGAGCCACUCCUCCUGCAGUAUGGCAAUCAAUACUUGAGUUAA